AAUGUUAAAUGGACAAGUUGAAGAAGAGACAUCUGGAGAAUUUACAAAGGAUUUACAAAGUCAAACGCAAUUUACGACUAUUCAAACUGAUAUUGAAAAUCUUAGUGAAAAUAUAACUGAUAAGAAACUCAGUGCUAAACUCGUCGGAUUUGCUAUUGGAGGGUCUUUAGGACUACCAAUUUUAAUUCUGAUAAUUAUCGUAACUAUUCGAGUUGUAAGGAAGAGAAAAAGAUCUUUUCACAGAGUUGAAAAAUUAACAAGAAAUGUAAGAGAUUACGAUAAUGAUUAUAUCUAUGAAUAG